CGGCUGCUGCCUCUAUCCUCUAUCCUGUCCCCAAACUAUGCUAAUCCCCAAAGUGCCUACGGCUACUGGCGCACUGCCUCCUUCGAGGCCUGGCCGCCCGCACAGCUGCUCGCGAAGGCUAACCAGCCAACGGCCUAUGGGGCCUUGCAGCCUGCUCUGAUAUACAACGCCCCCUACUAUGCGGCCUACAGCCUGCCACUGGCAUACGUGCUGCAACCCACCACAGCUGCAGCACCUGCCACAGCCGAUGCAACAACCACCAGCACCACCACCACCACGAUCAGACCCGAAAGCUCAGCCGAAGAGCUCGAAAAGCCAGAAAAGCUGCAAGCACAGCCAGAGCCACCAGCGGAGACACAAUCCAAUGGCGAUCUAAAGAGUGAUUCGGGUCUCCGCUCAGCGGUGAGCAAAAUCAAUCCCAACUACGUGAUCGAGGAGAUUCUGGCCAUUCCCGGCAAGCAUGUCAUCUCCACUGCCAGCUCCUCCGCUGCCAGGCAGCAGCUACAGCAGCAGCAGCUGCGGAAGAUCGCCUCCGGGGCAGCGAAGCUGAAGCGAGUGCCCGUCAAGGUGGAGGCCACGGGAAAGACCAGCAGCAGCAGCAGCUCGGGCAACAUUCCGCAGAUACAGUUCGGCAACUACUUCCUGCCCUACCGGCCGCUGCAGGCUCAGGCCAUCCAGGGACGCAAGCAGGCGGCACUGAUCCUCGAGCCACACUCCAGGGCUGUGGUGGGCAACGGCGGCACGGCCAUUUCCACGCCCAUCUCGAGGGCGUAUCUGAAGAAGGGCGUGCCCACCAAUGUGUACUUCAAUCCGGACUCGGUGGCCAUAGCCGGCGUGGGUGGCAAGGCGCACGCGACGGCAGACCUGGAGCUGGAUCUGUUCAACUGAGAGCCAACUGAGAACGCUGAUCCCCACGAUGAUGCUACCAUAUGAUGAUACCCAUACUGAUGUUCCUACGUUAAGAACAGAGGCCCGAAUAAUUGUGUCAUUUCCUCCCCCCCGCUAGUCUGUAAAUAAAGUAAACCCUAAAGUAAACAAACCCCUGUACAGCUUCCGCCUU